UCUUAGUACUUCCACACUCGUUCCAACAAACGCUCCUUGUUGCAACCACACCACAGUCGCAGAGUCCCGGAGGAACCAACCGGAUCGAAAACCGAAAAACCAGUUUCCAAACCACAUUAACCCCCCCCCCGGAGUUGGACGACGGCAACGUUUUUUUUGCGACGCAGAAAAGCAGACGACAAAUCUCACACACGUGUAGAAUCACGCAGCGGAGUUGCACAUCCAGCAGCUGGAAUCGCCCCGUUCAAGGUCAGCGCACAGCGAUUUUCACCCCUCAUUUUCCGGCGACCCGUGUCCAGCAGCAGCUAGCGUGUGAAAAUGUUCAGCGGAAUCACAGCUUCGUUGAAGAACCUUGGCAGCAAGGCGGAGGGACUGUUUGACAAGAAGAAGAAGGAGGCCCAGGAUCUGGCCAACGAGAAGGUGCAGGCCGCAAGCAGCUUGGCCGAGGAUCAGGCCAAGAAGACGCAGGAAGCGUUCACCAAGACGAAGAGCGAUGCCGAAGCGCUCGCUUCCUCAACGGCCAGUGAGAUCGAUGCCACCAAGCAGCAGGCAUCCGCAGCGGCCGAAACCGGUGCCCAGGCUGCCGGUACGCUGAUGGAUCAUGCGAAACAGGCGGCCGAAAAUGCGAUCCAGCAGAGUGCCGUCGUGGUGGAGAAGGCGAUCGAGGAGCAGAUGAAGGUGGCCGAAGAGAAGGUGGACGAGGGGAUGAAGCACGUCAGCGGUGAGGUGGACCGGAAGCUGCAGGAAGCGAACCAGCUAGCCGAACAGAAGCGUGGCGAAUUGGAACAGAAAGUAACCGAAGUGACAACGAAGGCACAGGAUACGGCCGCUUCCGGUGCCGCCGGACUGUUGGGUAAGCUGAACCUCGGCAAGUAAGUGCGCUCGGUGCGUGCCUGAAUGGGAGGAUGGUGUUCCUGGUGACCCGCACCAUCAUCAUGUUUAACAUUAUAAAACAACGCUCUUGCACCCAGCGCAUCGGAGCAUCGGCAGUUCGUUCGGCUAGGCAGCUAAGCUGAAACAUGCACAAUGCUUCGUCUCGACGCCGUUUUCAAAGUGAUGAUAUUAAGCUUUUUUGGAAAAUAUUUUACUGAUUAUAAACGUACAUUUACAAAGUUUAUUAGGCGAGGAUGCGUGCGCUAAAGUGACGCACGUGGUGGAGGUGCGGUGACGAUGAUGAAGCAACCAGAACCGGAACACAAAAAUACCUAAACACAAAUGCGCCUUAUGUGAUAGCCUACAGCCUAAAUGUGCACUAGUUUGCAGAUCAGGGAAAAACAAGCAAAACGCAGUACCCUCUCGGAACCGGAAUGGCCUUACCGGCCGGCCACACCCGAAUGCCGUUAUCGUAUUCAGAUUUUUAGUAACGCGUUUCAGUUGCCAUUGCGAUGAAAGCGCACAAAAACACCGUCACUAAGCCCCUCCUCGGGGGUCAUUCUACCGGCGCAGCUAUCACCGUACCGUCCGCGAGCGAGUCGAGAAGCGCAAAUUGGAAAUAUUUUAUCGUUUUAAGCGAAUAGUGUUAUUAGCUGCGUUAAGUGCGCUACCAUCUCUGAGCCAUCGAAAUGCGGCGAGUUGCAAAGCUCGACGUACCUGAAGCCGAAUCUCUAACGCCGAAACCGCCCCGUAUAGUCCGUUUUACCUAAUCCACGCACUCCACUACUGCUUUCCAAAGAUGUAUCGGAAUCGCUUUUAAUAUUGUACUACAAAUAAACACUAGACAGUAGCGCGAUCGUA